CGCGUAUUCCCGCCAUCUUUGUUAUGAUUACUGACAGCACACGCGACUGUGAGAAAACACACUGAUUCUGACAAUUGUGCACUCAUGGAGAAAAUGUGGAUCAAACCUGAUUGAACGGUUGUUUUAACACAACAAGGAGAAGUGCCACUGAAGACAUAUACCAGGCAGCACAACUGUGGACACAUUCAUGGACAUAUACAACAUGGCUGCCUUUCCACGCCAAGGCUCUCCAGAGUGGGUGUGGUACCAACAGAUGCAGGUACGGAUGAAGCAUGGUCAAUGUGAAUCCCAAGGGCCUACACCAGCAGAUUUCCAGGCAUUUAACCUACGGCCAAGGGGUCAAGGUCAUCCAAGACACUUGAGGCCAAGGUUCAUCCCCACAGGUCAAAGGUCCAGAGGGCCACCACCACCACCAUACUUUAUGAUGAAUCAACACAUGGUUAGGAACAGUACUCCACAGGGCAUGAUGAAUCCAAGAAUGUACCAGCCACCUGUCCACAUGGCCGGUAGACCUAGUUCAAACCCUAUAGAAGGACUACACGAACUGUGUAAUGGACCACAAAGACCCUCACCACCAACCAAUCAAUGUAUUUCACCAGUGAAUCAGCGGGUUUCCAUGGACACCGCUCCAAGAGGCCAAUCCCCAUUAUCCUACAUGGAAACUUCACAAGCACUUCCAGUUUCUCAACAAGGCCCACCAGCUAGUUCACAGGUCAGGAGUCAUCUCCAUCCCAGCAUGCCACAGUACAUAUCUCAUUCUGGGAUGAGGAUGCCUGUGAACAGUCUUCCCAUGAUGCAUCCACCGCCACUCAUGAAGGUCAACGGGACACUUGUCCAGCCGAUGGAACAGUUCUCAGGCCCGUGGACAGGCCAGCCAGGAAAUGUUAGCUUUCAGCCAAGAUUACCAUAUAACUUUAAUGGAUUCCCGGCAGGAAAUAGGAUGCAUCCUGAUCAAAUAUCAGCUCAACAUAGAGGUCAAGUCCCAACCUUAAGUGUAACUACUGAUAAUGCAACAAAUUUACAACAGACAUCAAGUUUCCAAAAUACUAACUUUUCAAAGAAGGAUUUUGAAGCAGAAUCCUUGAAUUCCAAUUCUGAUGGAACUCUUUCAAAUAGCAUAUUUGGACGGUGGUACAAACCCCCAACAGAAGAUGAUGAAGUGAAAUAUGACUAUAUCUUUGAUGUGGAUAGUGAAACACAAACCAAUGAAAUAGAUAAUGACCUAGAAAAUACAAAGACUUCAAAUGCCAGUUCACAUCUCAUCAAGAGACCAAGCAGACUCAGUAAUGAGAAAAAAGGGAAUAAAGGAAAACGAUUAGAAGGGGAAAUCAGUAGAAUAUUUAGUGCCUUUAAGGCACAGUUAUCUCCCCUUGGUUCCGACUCUCUUCCAGAGUCUCGUACCGGGUUCGAAGCAGAGCCAGACACAUUUUCUGGAAGAAGUUCCAACAAUAGCAUAUCUAGUGACCAGUCUCAUUCUCAGGCAGCACAACCUGGUAAUAACAAAACACCCUCAUCAAAUGAUCACGGGAAUGAUAAUCAUCUUGAGAAAGCAAACAAUGACACAUUGCCAAAUGUUCACACAAGUCAACAACAAAUCACCUGUACAACAAUUCCUCCAAUGCCCCCUCUCAUGCAGGCUCCAAUGGUUUAUAACCCAGUGACUUUACAGUUUGGUCAGCAAUUAUUACCACCAGCUUUGACCAGCCUUUCCACAAGGAAAUCACCAUCUUUGUUCCAAAACCAACCAAACCCACCAGUCGUAUCACAUAGUGGUCCUAUAAGUACCUCUUCAUUUGUUUCUUCAGAAAAUUCUACAGAUCAUUUAUCAAAUCCAGUGACAUGUUCUCAAGAAGUUCCGGUAAAUAACAUUCGUAUACUUGACACAUUUUCAUUAUCACUUCCUCGAGAAAGUUUUGUCAGUGACAUAGUAAUACAACCACAGGAGACGAAUGUGAACCUGAAUUCUUCAAAAUCAUCUUCGCAAGCAAAUGUGGGUAAACAUCCAGAAAACAACAACCAGGUGAAGUCGCCUACCAGAAAAACUAGUGAAUGUGAUUCACGUCCUAACAUCGUUCGAGAGGGAAAAAAAGUUACUCCUUUGCGAAUAAGAUUACCAUUUGUUUUGAAAUCUCGUCUGCAGGAAAAGUUGAAGAAAAAUUCCAACAAAAUUAACCAAAUGAGUGAAAAAAAGAAAGAUCCAACCGAAGGGACAUUCCAGGAUACUGUUAGCCCUGUAACGGACAACCAACAAAGUCCUGCAACAGACUCCUUGGGAAAACCUUUAGAGAAAUGUGUUGAACCAUUUGGAUGUUCAAGAGAUAAAAAUACAAAAGGUGAAACUGUGCAAGACAAUGUGUCUAUUGAGAAAGACAGUAUCUGUACAGAUGAAAGUAUCUUACCAACUUCAUCCUUACCAACUAGAUUACACACAGAUUCCCCUGUAAACAAUGUGGACAAGCUAUUACCUUCAGACAAGAACACACACAAAGGUAACAGCAAUGACAAGCCAAACGAUCCUCUUAAUCUAGAUGAUAGAUUAAAGGAAGUUGUUUCCAAAAUUUCUUCAGGGCGAAAGCGCAGGAAAUCUGCAAUGUUACUGGAAUCACAACCCUGUACACCAGAUGCAAAAAGAAGGAGACUUUCUAAGGAGAACGAACUAGAUUCUGACGUUAGUUGUCAGAAAACAGUGAUCUCAAAAUGCUACAGUCUGAAUAACGAUGAGGUAAAAAUUGUUGGUGAGCAUAUUAAACAGCCAGAUGGCACAGUCAUUACGCCCAGUACAAUUACACACAGUGCAACAACCUCAAUCUCUACAGAUAGACUGCCUUCAAAGCAGCUUUGUUCCAGGUCCAAUACACCAACUGUUGCCAAGGAAACUGUAUCAGAAACUGAAAGUGCCAGCGUUCAGGAACCUGCAUCAGAUAUACACAAAGAGAAACCUUUAGAAAAUGAAAUAGCAACUGACAGUGAUUUGCCAAAGAUCGUCAGAUCACCUAGACUUAGGAAGGUUAGAGUGUCUAAUCGACCAUGGCUGUUAAAAAGCAAAGAGAUGGAUGUUGCAGAUCCCCAGAGCAAGACAGGAGAUUUACAAGAACCUUUAUCAAAAGGUCAAGAUAAAGAUUCACAAGAACCGGUACCUAUGAUGGACAAAACCAAUGAUGAAAAUUUGGAAAAGAAUAAAUCGGAUAUUGAAAGAUGUCAAGAAAGGUCAAAAUCUCUUUGCCUCAAGUUGAGAAGAAUAUCAUUUCCCCCAUCAUCUUCAAAGGAUCCGGAUAGUAAAUCACAGAAAAAAGGGAGCGUAAAUAAGGUCCUAGAGAAGGGAAAGAAAUUUGGAGCAAGAAACUCAAGCAAAGACAUCAGUGCGGAAAGUUUGGAGAAAGUUGUCCCAAUGCAAGAAUCUGUGCAUACAGAAAAUGAUUCUGAAGUGAACCUUGAUGGAGGUGUUGACAAAAACAUUAUCGGCAGUGACAACAGCGUUGAUGAAAACAUGAAUAACAAUAACUCUGGUUUGUCUGAAUGUGUUGAAAGUAUAGAGAUGUCAACUGUCGUACACAUGGAUAGCCCUAUCAUUGAGGAAUCAACUGUAAUCGACAUGCACACCGAUGAUCCAGUUACUGUGCCCGAUGAUGGCCCAAUCACAGACAUGUCAACUGUCACACACACUGACAGUGCAGUCACUGAGGAUUCCACUGCCAAAAAUACAGACAGCCCAGUCAAGGUCAGCACAGUGUUAAAAGACACAGCAGAAAUGCGAGAAGAGAGUGAUGAAAUAGAAGUUAUAAACAUCAGUCCUAAACCAAAGGAUACUUUUGACAUCAAUAUUGUCAAUGCUUUAUUCUUUCCUGUGACAUUUCAUGGAUCAAAAGCACUCUGUAUUAGCUGCCUCUCAGGGAAAUAUUUUGUGGUCCGUGAACUUCUAAACAAAUGUUUUGUUGAUAUUGCAGAGAAGAACAGAAAGAAGGGAGUGUUCAAUUCUAAACUGUUCAAGCAGGUGUAUGUUGCCAAGGAACGGGAUCUCAACAUUCCCUAUGUGGAGUUACCCGAGGCCCUGCGUAACACUGUUGGGGAGUACUUGGUGAAAGAACAACUGAUGCGAAAGAGUCUUGUCUGCCACAUUGGCAUUAUCCAUGUGAAUGAUGCAAAGCGACUUUACCAUUUCUUUUAUGGUGUGAAGACCUGUCAUGAUUUGAAGUGUGUGUUGCCAUGGCCACUAGAAAGUUCCAAAGAAACAACAAAUCAAACAGAUGGGAACACAAACGAGAGUAGACACGAUAGGCUAAAAUCAAGAAAUAAAGAUGCAGUAAUUGAUCCACCAGUAAUUGUCGUGGACAAUGAUGAAAUGGAGGACACAACAUCUGAUCCAGCAGAAAAUGGCGUUGAAAUCAUAUCAUGUCAUGUGAUAUAUGACCGAGAAGUCGAUGAUACACCAGAUGAGGGUGCAGAGUCCCAAGAAAUAUCAGAGACAUCAAAACUAUCAGGCAUAACAGACAAAUCAUCUGUUGCACCAGCACACUGUUUAAAAGUCCCCAAGGUAUCACCCAGGAAUGAAAGAGAGCCAAGUGUCAAGCUGAAGAGGAGACUGAUGAUGAAGAGUAGGAGAGAACGGCUCUCUAGUGGAAGGAGGGGAGAUAAGAGUGACUUGUCCGAUGACAGUGAUGCAACUAUACCCUACAUGGAUGAAACAGAGAGUGACAUGGAAUGUGACAAGAGGAAACUUUCUUCCUCUGCAUCUGAUAAAAGUUUUGGAGAUACAGAGACCAGACAAUUUUUAGCUGAGUCUUCUAAUAAGAAUUCUGAUGUCUCCAAAAUUAUCCCCAUUGAUGAUGACAAUGCUGAAUAUGUAGAUCUAGCUACAGUGAACAGUUACAAUGAGGACCACAACAGUGACGACCAACAACAGGAGAUGAGAAUUGAUCCUGACCAGAAUGAGGAUUAUGUUGUUAGAGGAGGAAUAGCCGAGUUGUAUGAUGGUAUGUUUCGAUUCCUAGUGAUCAACGGUAGGAAGUUUUUUCCAUUUGAAGACCUCUGCCAGCAUUAUGAGAAAGAAGACCUCAUAAACUGUUUGAAAUCAAAACCAGGGCGUUUCAAGGCUAUUAGAUGCUCCAUGAUAGAGACCAAUUUCUUGAAUAAUCUUGAACCAUCUUUACCGACACUAGUGGAGAAUGCCACCAUCAUUGAAGAACAUUUCCUUCAUUGUUCAGCAAAGUUGAAUUUCAGAAAGAUGUUUGACAAUCCCGAACAAGAAGUGGUUGACUUGACGACUGAUGAUGAUGCUGUCGUCCCUCAGAGACUCGCAGAUUCCCCCAUACUAACCCCUGAGGCGUCGCCAACAUUGAACAAUACCAGGUUGUCGGCUUUUGAAUCAUUCAGUACAGAGGACAUGCUUGUAGAUACGUCUGAUGACAUCCUCAUGAUGGAGUUGGGAACUGCAAACUGUGACACAAGUGGCAAUGGAUCUGUACAUGCCAAGGUCAAAAAUUCAGAAGAUGACCUCAGUGCUAUUGAUGGUCGAGAACAGAAAGCCGUUGCUGAUGCCUUUAGAGAUAUUUGGGUAGAAAACCAUUCUCUCAAAUCCAAAAUGGCAAUGAUGUCACAGGAUAUUGAGGAAACUAAGAAGGAAACAAUAGAUUUUGAGGCCACCUGUCAACAGUAUGGAGAUGCUAUUGAGCUGAUGACAAAAGCGAUACAACAAACUUGCUCAGAAGAUCAAAAGAAAGACCUCUCUUUAGUGUGAAUGAAACAAAAUAGAUGUGCAGACAACGACAGAAUUCUACAAUGACAUUGGGAAAACAUAGAUGUGGCUUUUUUAUGGUCAACAUCAGCAUAUACCAGAAGUAGCCAAAAGAAUUUUGAACUUGAUAAAAAGUUUUCAUAAGUAGCUUCAUCGGUCUGUUUAACCCUUUCACCACUGUAGACCAUAAUGGACUCAUCCAGAUCAAUGCAUGGUAGAGUCUGCUGAAGUUACAUAGGGGUGAAAGGGUUAAUACUGUUACAAUUUUCUUAAAUUGCUGUCCAUGCUGUGUGAAGGUAUUUUUUCUCUGUAACUAUGUUGAUUUCUAUCCGAUUUUUGGCAGAAGCUUGCAUAAUUACACACCGGCCAAACAAGUCCUUGACCUGAUGUUAGAUCCCAUUUUCUAAAAGCUUUUAAGAAUCUUGUUUUUCUAUACUGAUCAUCAUGGCAUUAAGUCAUGCAUUGGUGUGUUCAUUCAGAAUGAAAACCAAAAAAAGAAAACUUUAAAAUUCUCUUUCAAGAGUGAAAUUCAUUUGUAACCCGUUAAAUGUCAUGUCAGACUUUAGAUGGAAAUUACAAUUACAAUUCCAGUCUACCCAGCUGUGCAAAUAUAUAAGAACCUAUGUUUCUUUGGUGCAAGAAAGCAUUUGCUACAGACGUCCUUACAACCAAUCUAGUAAAAUACAGGUGAGGAGCUUGUCCUAUUUCUGUCAAUUUAUUCAUAAAUAUGAAAUCAGUUUAAAUAUGCCCAUCAAAAUUAUUGGUGUUAUGUAUUAUGGUAUGGGGAGCGCUUGUGCUUUCAUACUUUGGUUUUCACAAGAUAACUUGCUUAAAUAUUGUUUUAUUUUGAUAUUAAGCCUGUAUAAUAUACAGGAUUUUCAUGAUUACUGUCGGUAUUAAUGAAAAUUUCAUGAUGAACAUACCCAAUUUUUGUUCAAAGUACACGUCCGACUGAUUUUGUAGAAUUUUCAUAGAAAUUAUUACGUUUUCUUUAUAAUUCCUGUUUAAUUACAUUUUUGAUUUUCUACAAACUUGAUCUUCCAAUUAUGCAGAAAGAAGUUGUUCAUUUCUGAUGAUUUUUCUUUACAAGUUUUUCUCGAUUUUGAGAGUCCCAUUAUUAAAAUUAACUUUUUUUUUCUUCGUUUACCCAAAGAUAUUAUGCAUUGUCAAGAUACAGACAGUCUUCUAAUAUAGAAUUCUGACGAGUUUAUUUCUUUGGUGAAACUUGGUUCCUACUUUUGUUAUCAAGUUUUCAUUCGAAAUACUUUUAAGAUAAUAAUUAAGGAACUGAUCAAUUUGUUUUGUGAAACAAGAUUUGCAAAAAUACAUACCGGUAUGCACUUUAAAUUAUUGAUGUCAAACUACAACAGUAUAAAAAUGGAUUCUAGUUUAUUGUAAUUUUAACUUGAACUGUUCACACUCAAUUUCUGCUGCAAGAAUAAUAUCUUGGUCUCUUCAUGUCACAUAGCAGUACAUGUUUGAAAUAGCAAUUCAGACAUCAUUCCGUUUUAAAACAGAAAUUUAUCAUCAUACCUUUUAAGUUCAAAAUCAGUCAAUGGGAUAAGGCAUUACCGCAACAUAUUUGAUUGCAAUAGAAUAUAAUUUUGAUUUAUACAUUUAUGUUUGUUUGUGCAAAGUCUUUCAAUGUCUUGUUUAUGUUGCUGGGUUGCCAAAUGACUGGGUAGCUAUCAUUAAUUGUCUAAUUUGCAGUCAUUGCAUACAUAUAUGAUUUUGUCGUUUUCUUGUUUUGUUCUUCCACUUACCUAAUAGCAGCAUUCAUUAUACCUUGUGUAUCAAAUCUAUUGGUCACAAUAAUUUUGUCUUCCAAAAUUGUUUUACUUUUUCUUUUUUUUUAAAUGACAGCCCCUCCAAGUUGUUCGUGUUCUAGUAAUUGUUUGUUCCUUUACAAAAUAGACGCGGCUAUGCUUUAAUAAGUAAGGUAGACAGACUUUAGUGAUGACAGUGACCAUUUGUUGUUCUGUAAAUAGGUAGGCAUAUUGUUACCAUUUAUUUCGUAGAGACUAGAAAUGUAAGAUACUCAUUGAUGCAUUAAUUGUGGCUUCCAUUGUGGUACUAGUGAAUGUGUUAGGUUUAGGUAGUAUUUUAUGUCAAAUGAUUAUUUCUCAGGAGAUGUGUAUCUUAGCAUAUGUUUGUAUAUUUUUUUAUUUGUGUCAUUAUUGCGAACUUUCUUUUAUAUGUAAAAGAAACUUAAUAUUCUAGUUGGAAAGAAUAAUCAUCGGCAUACAUAUGCUUUUCUGAACUGCCAGAUUUAUACCAAAAUCUGUGACACGUCAAUAUAGGUCAUUUAUGUGAAAUUUGUGUCAUAUCAGUCAAAUAUAUAGGUCAUUUAUGUGAAAUCAGUCAAAUAAUAUAGGUCAUUAAUGUGAAAUCUGUCACAUCAUUGAAAUAUAUAGGUCAUUAAUUUUGAAAUCUGUGUCACAUCAGUCAAAUAUAUAGAUCAUUAAUGUGAAAUCUGUGUUAAUCAGUCAAAUAUAAAUUAUUAACGGUAACGUGAAAUCUGUCAUAUCAAAUAUAUAGGCCAUUAAAAAUCAAAGAUGUAUUCUUUUCAAUACUUCCUCCUAUGUCAAUCAAUAACCCCACUGUUUAAUGCUUGAAUCCACAAUAGAUUAGCCUUACCUUAGCUAGCACAUGUCUGGUGCUACAUAAUGUGUUUGUAUUAUAAUUUGCUGAUGUCAUUAUACAUGUAGUGAUAAAUGUGUUGUUUAGAUAGUGUAUAUUUCAAGCUAUUUACUUAAUGUCAGUGUUAAUAUCAGGGUAAAAUUUAUGCUAUCUUCAUUGAUUUAUUUUUCGUUUUCCAAUGGAUACUGUUUAAAAUUCAUUAGUAGCAAUAUAUUUUAUAAUGCGGUCACGAUUUGACAAAACAUUUGUUCUGUGAAUGACAAUUCCUCAAUAUUUUAAUUUAUCAUAUCAUAAAAUCUUCAGUCAAAAGGUCAAUUUCAUUAUUUGCUAUUUCAACAAUUAUAAAAAACACGAAAGUUUAGUUUUAAUGGGUUUUGCACAAUAACUAAAUAACCUAAUGCAUUGCUCUGUACGAUUUGUAUUACGUAUUGUACUUAAGACAUAUACAUCUGUAAAUAGACUUUUUGUUGCUCCAUACUUAGUGCUAAUAUGUUUGUAAAUUUCAUUUCCAUGUGAUAUGUCCGAUUUUUUUCCAAGAUUAGCACAUCUGCCAUAUUUAAAGCAUCUCUGCCGAUUGUUUGGAAGUAGUUUAGUCGUAAGGUUCAACAUUUGCAACAUAAGAGAAAAUAAGCGGGUAUCAAUUUCACUUUGUAUGGUAUUGGGACCUUUUUGUAUCUAAUUACUUAUGGUCAGUAUUCCUUGCAAGGAAAAUACAUUUGGCAAUUGAAUUACUGAUAGGAAUAUGCUCCUUUUCUGCCCGCAUUAUUUUAUUUUUUUUAUUUUGAAGGAGUCUUCCAUUAGUGCUUUGUAAUAGAUACUGUAUAGAUUUAUUGUUAUCACACUGUAGCAAUAGUUUGUGACUAAGACAUCAGUCUGGUUGAAAUUACAUGAUAUCUUGCUCUUUGGUGAGCACAAUUUCUUGUUAUUUCUUAAUGUUACGACCUUAUUCAGUCCUCAAAAUGCUUGUGAUUGGAUCAUUGAUACUGAUCAAACCAGAUGUAAAAUAUAGACACUGAUGUCCAGUCACAAAAUUAUUAACAUUGUGUUGGUGCCAUUUGUUUGGUGUAAAUGUGAUAAACUUUCAGUAUAAUGAUUUGAAGAGAACUCGUCGUUCUUACAUUGAAAACUAAAACAGUUUCAUUUUAAGAGGGUUGUCAAAAAUUCUUUUUGUGUGUGCCAAAUAUGUUAAAACAGAUUAUGGUUGUGAGUUUGGAUUUAUCUGUUUUAUAAUCAUAAUUUAAUUACUUUAUGUUUGUUUCACCAUAUUUUGUUGAUAACUAACCUUAGAUAUUUUUGUCAUUUCGUUUUCAUAUUUUGUUAACUUCAUAGCCAUUACGAUGAUCAGGCUAACCUGUGUUUCUGGAUUAUAAGCAUUAGGGUAAUUGAAUUCAGUUUUUGUCAUUUUCAGGUCAGUAGCAGGGUUCAAUAAAAAAAAAAAGAUUGGAUU